CUUCUCUAGGGACAACAACAAUAUUCGAAACACCCAACACACAUACAUCAAAUCUCCGAGUCAAAUUCUCCUUCCUGUGACUCUGGUGUGCAUAUAACAUAUACGUAUACACCUGGCGGGACUGCUUUGACGUGUGCUGGUUCACUGACGCAAUACAUUUGUUAUCUUGUCGGUCAAUUGCCGAUCUUCUUUGAUAUCGUUCAACGGGACAUCACAGCAGGCAUCAUGAAGCUCCUCUACCCCAAUUCGAUCUCAAUCGACGUCAAGAGCCUCGAGGGUUUCAGCGUGUCCCUCCACCAAUAUGACACCAGGUCUGACAUUCCAGAGGAGCACACCGACGCCGAGAUGCUGGUGACGUGGUCGAACCCGGUGUCACAGCUGAAGGUGGAAGCCAAACGUCUCAAGAAUCUCCGUUGGAUUCAAUCUCUGGCUGCCGGGCCCAACGACGUCCUCAGUGCCGGGUUUGACGCCUCCAAAGUGACCAUCUGCACCGGUUCGGGUCUCCACGACCACACCGUCGCCGAACACACACUCGGUCUUUUGCUCAACGCGGCCCGUCGAUUCUUCGAAAUGCGCGACUUCCAACUCGAGGGCAAGUGGCCGGGGCACCUCGGCGGUCCGCAACCGGAUCGCCCCAGCGGGAAAUUCACCACGUUGCAAGACGCCAACAUUCUCCUGUGGGGCUUUGGCAACAUCGCAAAGACGCUGACGCCCUGGCUCACCGCGCUCGGUGCCAACGUCAAGGGCCUCGCCCGCCACUCCGGGGUGCGUCAGGGAACCGAGGUGUACAGCGAGGACAAGUUGAGCGAACUCCUCCCCAACACGGACGCUCUGGUCAUGAUACUCCCCGGUGACGAGUCGACCAAGAACGCACUCAACGCGGAGCGCUUGAAGCUCCUGCCGAAACACGCGUGGAUCGUCAACGUGGGUCGAGGAACGUCGAUCGACGACAAGGCCUUGGUGUCGGCGCUGGAAAAGGGCGAGAUCGGUGGCGCCGCGCUCGACGUCUUCGUCACGGAACCCCUACCGGGAGAUUCGCCGUACUGGAAGACACCCAACACCAUCGUCAGUCCUCACGCGGCGGGAGGGAGACCCCAGAAUCCAGAGACUUUGAUCGCUUAUAAUCUGAGACGAUUCCUGGCUGGACAACAAUUGAAGAAUGUUAUUUAAGUCUUGCCAUCUUCAUUGAAGAAAUAGUAUACUGAGAUUUAUAAAAACUCACAAUUGGAAUUACAACAUGCUAGAAGGAC